CAACCCUGUCAACAGUUUGGAUUCUUACGUGUGCCACACUAUCCAGUUAUGGACAUCUGUGUUUGGAAAAUGUAGUGACCCUGACUUUCACUAUUCAGUAUUAAUUUUGUGAUUGCAGAGGAUGUGAUAUGCAUCCGACUGCUGGAGUCUGCUGGAGUCACCCCAUGGUCUGCUUGGGAGAGAACAGGACUUGUCUGCCACAGCCCAUUUAUGCACCUUAAAUCUACAUAGCCAGUAGCAACACUGCUUUGGAGGAAAAUGUACUGUACAAAAAGAAAGCGACUGCAGCUGAACAGAGUUCUAUUUCUCCUCUCUGGGGUUUUCCUUUGCACCCUAUACCAGCUGACCAUCAGUGCCAGACUGCAUGAACCAUUCCCCUUGCCUCAGAUUGGAGAGGAUUUUGGAGAGGGUUCAACAGAGGAGGUCGAGGAGGCAACUGAGGUGCUGGAGGAACCUGUUACUGCAAUUCAUGAAUUUGAGCCCACAGAUCAGACCACACCUGCCACGCAUGUGGUAAAUCAUCAGGAAACCACAUCAGAUUUGCAAGCAUCCACUCCAACUCCACUAUUGCCAACCAAAAAUCAGACAAUUGUGCACUGCAUCUAUGUGGUCCCAGAACCUCCCGAAGAGACACCCACACCUACACCAGCUCCAGCUCCUCCUCUAACUACCAUCACUCCAGCAUCUCCUGGUGAGGCUCCACAUGCCAAGGGUGAAUACCCUGAAGAUAUAUUUUCUGUAGAAGACCGCAGAAGAGGCUGGGUGACCCUCCACAUUUUUGGGAUGAUAUACAUGUUUAUCUCACUUGCAAUAGUGUGUGAUGAGUUCUUUGUUCCUGCACUGGGGGUGAUCACUGACAAGUUGGACAUCUCUGAUGAUGUGGCAGGAGCCACAUUCAUGGCAGCUGGAGGUUCUGCCCCUGAGCUUUUUACCUCAUUGAUAGGAGUUUUCAUUGCCCACAGCAAUGUGGGCAUUGGCACAAUAGUUGGCUCAGCAGUUUUCAACAUUUUGUUUGUUAUUGGAAUGUGUGCUCUGUUUUCUCGGGAGGUACUACAGCUGACCUGGUGGCCAAUUUUCAGAGAUGUGUCCUUCUACAUUGUGGGCCUCAUCUUACUCAUCAUCUUCUUUCUGGACAAUGUGAUAAUGUGGUGGGAGAGCAUAAUGCUGGUGGCCUGCUACACUCUGUAUGUGAUUUUCAUGAAGUUUAACAGGCAGAUAGAGCAUGCCUUCAAAACCCAGCUCCACAAACAUAAGAACAUCAUCAAAAUCACUGUGGAGGAGCCCGAAAAGACAAAUGAGGAUGAUGACGACAAUGCGCCUCCUGCUCCUGAGGACAAGAAUCGGUUAAAGUUGAAGCCGUCUCUUCAGCGAGGCGGAAGUUCAGCGUCUUUACACAACAGCACCAUGAGAACCACCAUCUUCCAACUCAUGAUUCACACGUUAGACCCACUUGGAGAAGGAAAAUUUAAGGAUAAGGCAGAGACUCUGAAUAAUGUGGCUAGACGAAAGGCAGAGAGAAAAACGGAAGACAAAGGCGAAGGUGGUGAAAAGCAAACCAAAAAGCCAGUUAAAGAUGCAGAGAUGAGGGAGCAGUCAGAGGACAGCAAGGAGGACGCAGCAGCAGGAGAGGAGGGAUCGGACGGGUCUGAAGACUCUGACAGUGAUGACAGUGGCAGCAAUGAAGACAGUGAUGAGUCCAGUGAAGAUGGUGAUGAUGAGCAGGAGGAGGAGGAGGAAGACGAGGAAGAAGAAGAAGAGCCCCUGUCUUUAGAGUGGCCUGACACGCGGCAAAAACAAGCCACCUACCUCUUCCUGCUGCCCAUAGUUUUCCCUCUGUGGCUCACAGUCCCUGACGUCCGCAACCAGAAAUCCAGAAAAUUCUUCGCGUUCACUUUUCUCGGCUCUAUUGUAUGGAUUGGUAUCUUCUCCUAUCUCAUGGUGUGGUGGGCCCAUCAGGUGGGCGAGACCAUCGGAAUCUCAGAGGAGAUUAUGGGCCUUACAAUCCUGGCAGCAGGCACGUCCAUUCCUGACCUCAUAACGAGUGUGAUCGUGGCACGUAAAGGCCUGGGGGACAUGGCUGUGUCCAGCUCUGUAGGCAGUAACAUCUUUGACAUCACUGUGGGUCUGCCAGUGCCAUGGCUCCUGUUCUCCAUGGGCCACGGUUUCGCUCCAGUGGCUGUCAGCAGCAAUGGGCUUUUCUGUGCCAUCGUGCUCCUCUUCCUCAUGCUCAUCUUUGUCAUCAUCUCCAUUGCGUUCUGUAAGUGGAAGAUGAAUAAGGUGCUGGGUUUCACCAUGUUCCUGCUCUACUUUAUCUUCCUGGUGCUCAGUGUGAUGCUGGAGGAUCGAAUCAUAACCUGCCCUGUUUCUAUCUGAACACAAGUGAGCGAGUCUCAUGAGCAAGAGUCUGGUUAUCUUCAGAAAACCACUGGAGUGACUUUGCACUGCUGCCUGUGAUGUUUGUCUCACUUGUGAGCAGCAGUAUACCGACUACAAUAUUUUAUUUUAUGUGUUACAUUUAUAUUUAGUACCAUUGGCAGGUUAUACAUUUUCUAUCACAACAGGAGAUUCAGAAUUUACUGUUCAAGGUAAUGUAGAGGUAGGGACAACCUUUUUCCCCACUGUUUACAAAACGGCAUCACAAUAAAAUCAGGAAUCUAGAACAUGUGCACAUUUUGAUUAAUGUAGGUUGCAUUUUGUAUAAAAAUUGAAUUAUUAUUAUUAAAUAACUUGCAACAACAACAUUCACUGUAUUGUUCUUUAACGUCUGUUUUGAUCAAAAGGUCAGGCAAGAGUGAAUCUACAUAGAAUAAAUGUGUUUAUUCAUAAAUGAAAACAAAGUAUAGAUCCAGCCA